AUGUCUUCGCCACUCCUUCGAAAUAUACCCCAAAAGUGUGUUACAUCCCACUGCCUGGGGUCGCCACCAUUACUGUGCCCCAUGUUGCUGGCAAGAGGUCGUGUUACGGGUCGCUUUCAAAUUCGACAUGAUACUGGCGGAGUGCGCUGCCGCGGAUUCCUUGGAGGCCUCUUCGGGCGGGGUGGAACCACGACGAAACAGUCACAGAAGCCGUCACUUGAGGACAACUUAGGUCCGGACGUGGAUGAGCUGUUGCUUGUGGAAACAUCCCAACCCGACGGCAGCAAAGCGCAGAUCCUGUAUCGCAACGGGGGCCCGGUGGCAGCUGCCGACCUUGAGAGCCUGUGUGUCAAGGUCGGCUGGCCUGCUCGCCCUGUCUCCAAGGUGGAAGCUGCCCUGCGCAACAGCUUCAUGGUGUCCAGCUUGGUGCUGCGAGUCACGUUGCCGCCACGGCCAGGAUCCUCUGAAAGCACAACCACCACGGAUGGCGAGGCUGUGGUUUCGGAGCAGCUCAUCGGGUUGGCUCGUGCCACCAGUGAUCACGCUUUUAAUGCCACCAUUUGGGACGUGCUGGUGGACCCGGAGUUCCAGGGUCAGGGACUUGGCAAGGCGCUGGUGGAGCAAAUGGUACGGUCUCUGCUGCGCAAGGACAUCAGCAACAUAACCUUGUUCGCGGACUCGAAGGUGGUGGACUUUUACCGGCAAAUGGGCUUCGAGGCGGACCCCGAGGGCAUCAAGGGCAUGUUCUGGUACCCGAAGUUCUGAAGCCCGAGCACCGGCCCCCCCGCAUGCCUUCACCCAGCCCAGUGAUCAGCCAUAUGCCUUAGCCGCCUACCCGCGCCUGCCUUGCCUUGGCAUUGCCACGCUCGUCCACUCGCGUAUGUUUAGUUGUCCACACGCCCUCCUACGUGUCAGUAUCACCGCAGGCCCGGCAGGGGAUUUUGAUACUCCGUGCUGGCUCGGCCAUCUUCUCUGUCAUUUACGGUAUUUCAGUAUUUUCCAAAGAGCGAGCGCAGAUGGCGGGCGUUGGGGUUCCUAGGGUAGGGUAAGGCGUUGUGCCAGCUAAGAAUAACCGUAAUGGUAACCUCAACAACAAACAUCCACAAAUGCAAGGACAACCGAAAUUUACCGUGGCCACGGCAACUACAGUAGCAAUUGCAU